AUGAAUUCUAAUUUAUUUGCUUUUGGAUCUAAUGGUAAUGGUCAACUAGGUAUAGGAAAUUUUUUAGAUUGCAAUGUUCCAACAACUUGUAAAUUUUCAAAAAAGAUUUUCCAAGAUAAUUACAACAUUCCCGCACCAAAAGUAAUUUCUGGCGGUGGUAAUCAUUCUGCUUUGAUAACUUAUAAUGGUGAAUUAUGGAUGACAGGCUCAGAUAUCGAUGACAAAAAACUAUCAAAGAAAGGAAAUCAAUGCUAUAAUUGUUUUCAUCAAGUUCUAACAGAUAAAAAAUGGAAGUUUGUUGCAUGCGGAUGGGCAUUUACUAUUUUAGUCGAAGAAAAUGGUAAUGUAUAUUCUUUCGGUAAAGGAUUAUUUGGCGAGUUAGGAUGUGGUGAAAACAAUAUUAUUAUUAACAAAUCAAAAAAAGUAGAAUCUAUUUCAUAUAUAGAAAAGGUUGUAUGUGGUUUACGACAUUGUAUUGCAUUGACAAAAGAUGGUAGUUGUUAUGGAUGGGGUAGUAAUAAGUUUGGGCAGUUAGGAUUAGGAAAUGAUUCUGAAGAAAUUUCACAACAACUAGGAAAAAAACAGCCUAAUACUUAUUAUAGCCCUAAAAACAUAGUAAUUUUCAAUGAUUGUUAUAAUUAUGAUAACAAUGGUUUGUUUAUAAUAGAUGUUGCAUGUGGGCAAAACCAUACCGCUGUUUUAACAUCUAAAGGAACAAUUAAUCCACCACCGUCGCCAUUAUCAUCUUCUGGAUGGUUAUAUCAGCCAAUACCAUUAUGUUACCUUCCAAAAUCAUCGCCAAUAUUACCAAAAGGUUUUAAGGUAAAAACUAUCGAGUGUGGAUCAGAACAUUCGUUGGUGUUAUCGAUUGAUGGUCAAUGUAUUUCUUGGGGAUGGAAUGAACAUGGUAAUUGUGGUGUAGGAAAUAACAAUGAUCAAUGGAGCCCGGUAAAAUUGAUUAAAUUCAACAAAGAUGAAUUUUUGGUAGAACAGAUUGGUUCAGGAUGUGGGAAUUCUUGGAUAUGGGCCAAAAAGAAAGAUAUCAAAUGA